GAGUGCACGCUCGGGAGGGAGCGUUUGAUGUUCAUUUCAUCAGAGCGAGCCCAGCGACUCUGUUUGGGGCCGGAAGGGCUAGCGGGGUGGCAGUCCCGGGCAGGCGGAGUUGAGAACGGCUCUAGGGUUCUAGCUCCUCAGAAGCUUCUGCUGCCGGGUUUAGUCCCGGGAUUUCUGGGCUCUCCCUCCACCUUCUUCCCCAUUCUAUCCCGGAGAGUUCCAAAGUCUUUCCUAACCGGAGGAGCCGAGACCUCUCCAGCACCUAGUCCCACAGCCCCCUUCGUUUACCCCCCAAAUUGACUGAGGGCUGACCAGGCCAGGCUGGAGCUCGGAGCCACCUUCACAGAGAUGUCCGAGGCGCUGCCUCCAACUCUCCCUUUACAGAUUUCACUGUCUGUAGGAGGCAGUUGUGGUUUAAAUAGCAUCUUCCCUCCUCUCUCCCCCUUAGAAAUAUCCUCUCAAGCGUUGGUCCAGCUCUCUCCCAAGCACCUGCAGCAGGGAACCUCAGAACUGGACAGAAGCGUCCAGGAGGGGGAGGAGCCCGGAGUUAACUUGGAGACCACACCCAACCAGAAAAGAGCAGAGUCACAUUCAACCCCGAAGCCUGAGAGUGAAAGCAAGUUAGCAAAGCAAGCCGCCAAGAGCAAACCAAGACCCAGACCUGGAGACCUGAUUGAGAUUUUUCGCAUCGGCUAUGAGCACUGGGCCAUCUACGUGGAAGACGACUGUGUGGUCCAUCUGGCUCCCCCGAGUGAGGAAUUUGAGGCCGGCAGUAUCAGUUCCAUCUUCAGCAACCGGGCCGUGGUGAAAUACAGUCGCCUGGAGGACGUGCUGCACGGCUGCUCUUGGAAGAUCAACAACAAGCUGGAUGGGACGUACCUGCCCCUGCCCGUGGACAAGAUCGUCCGGCGCACGAAGAAGAUGAUCAACAAGGUGGUGCAGUACAGCCUGAUUGACGGGAACUGUGAGCACUUCGUCAACGACCUCAGAUACGGUGUGCCCAGGAGCCAGCAGGUGGAACACGCCCUGAUGAAAGGAGCGAAAGCUGCCGGUGUGGUUAUUUCAGCUGUGGUGGACAGCAUACGGCCCAAGCCCGGCCCCGCCUGAAGGUGCUGGAAAUUCCAGGCAGAGGAAGAACGGCUGCCACCAGCAAGGACAAUCACAGCCCCUUUCCUCCCCUUGCCUUCUCUCGCCAGAGCUCCUCCCGAGAAAAUCGGGAGCUUCUGGAGGAAUCUCGAGUGUAUCCAAUUACCCCUCCAGAAAUACAUCCAAUAUAUGUGA